AUGGCUUGGUCAUCGGUGUUCCCGGACUCCACGCUCUCCUCUAUGACAAGGACUACCUCGGAUCACGUCCUGAUUUUGUUACAUGCAUCCUCGGACAUCCCAAAACCAUCAAUCUUCAGGCUUAAUAACUGUCUUCUGUCUAACCACUCGUUUCUGCAGCAAAUCGCCACCACCUGGUCUAGCGUGGGGCCUCGCCACUCCCAUUUGGGCAGCACGGGCAUGCUUUGCCUGAAAUUAAAAUGGUCAAGAAAUCUUGCGAAAAAGUGGGCAGUUAAUGCAAAAACCCCAAAGCGUCUAGCUACCAACUGCACUACAACCAUCGAUCUCCUCGACAAGCUGGAGGAGUUUAGACCCCUCUCAACUCUUGAGCUUAGUCUCCGAAUGGCGGUUAAGGUAGCACUUCAUCGUUACAAUAAAAGCCUGGCGGACUACUGGCGGCAACGGGCCAAGUUGCGAGAGUGCACUGUUGGGGAUGAGAAUUCGGCCUACAUGCAUGCCUGUGCCUCCGUGCGUUUUCGCAAAAAUCAAAUCAAGACUCUUCAUGUUGAUGGCCAAGACAUCUCCUCCCACCUAGGCAAAGAACGCGUUCUUCAUAGCUACUUCACCGACUUGCUUGGCACUUCCGCCCCUUCCCUCUUCACCUUCGAUCUUCUGAAUCUCUUCCGUGACUCCCAGCUAACUCACUCUCAGGCGCUUUCCCUGUCUCGGCCUUUCUCUUUGGAUGAGCUUCGUGCGGCUAUUCUGGCCAUGAACUCGAAUGCAAGCCCGGGUCCAGACGGUUUUGGCCCGGCUUUCUUCAAGGCCAAUUGGGAUCUCGUGAAAUCUGAUCUUUUGGCCCUUAUGGAAGACUUCCACAAGGGUACUGCCCAGCUAAAUCGUAUUAAUAAAGCUUUCAUCGUGCUUCUUCCCAAAAAACGCAAAAAAUCGGCUAUUGUGCUUAAACUUGAUUUCAAAAAAGCGUUCGACUCGGUCUCUUGGACCGCUCUAGCAGUUAUCAUGCUUGCCAAGGGUUUCCCCGAGAUUUGGUGCAAUUGGGUUGAUAGCCUGAACCGUUCCAGUCAGUCGGCUGUUGUUCUGAAUGGCAAGCCUGGCCCUUGGAUCAACUACAAACAGGGGUUGCGACAGGGCGACUCGCUUUCUCCGUAUCUUUUUAUUAUUGUUGCUGAUGUCCUUCAACGUCUGAUCUACCAGGCCUCCAAUGAUGGUAGGUUAGCUCACCCUAUUAAUCAGGAGCUUCCUUGCCCAGUUCUUCAGUACGCUGACGAUACGUUGAUCAUCUUACCGGCGGAGGCUGCACAACUUCAGUCCUUAAAAGAUAUCCUGCUUCAAUUCUCUCAAGCCACGGGGUUGCAUAUCAAUUUUCAUAAGAGCACGUUUGCCCCCAUCCACGUGCCUCCUGAAUUAGCCAAGGAUUUAGCUGACAUUUUUGGUUGCCCGGUUGCUUCUUUCCCUCAGUCCUACCUCGGCCUUCCUCUAUCUACUCACAAACUUCACAUCACAGAUUUUUUUUUCAUUAUCGACAAGAUCGACCGCCGCCUUGCUGGAUGGCGCGGGAUUCUUCUUUCUAUUGCUGGGCGAGCUAUCCUGGUUCGAGCUGUUCUUUGA